GACUUGGCUGGUGCACACAGAUGUCGGGUUGGCUGCAUAUGUAGUUGAGUUUGUUUGCAGAGGAAUAUUGCAUUUGAAUGCGCAAAAUGGAAGAUAUGAAAGCUCUAUCACGUGAAAAUUAACAAUAAUUAGCAGACUGACUUAUUAUUUGCUGCACAUAAGGAUGAAUUGAGCUUCAGGCGUCUACAUUGUUCUUGGAAGGACGUCGGGGGGGAAUACUUGAUGUUGGAGUCAUCCGGACACUUUGCGUAAUUAGCAAAAGAAAUGAGUUUGACUGUUAAUUAAGGCACAAAUAAUGUUGGGACUCUUCUUUGGAAGAAAGCGCGUGUCGCACCGUGUAUGUUGUAAACACAACAGAAACAAGGACAACGCUGUCUAAUAUGCUCGGGACACCUCGACUUCUGGUGCUGGUGGCGCUCGGUUGGCUAUUUUUAUUUGUGACGCGCAGCAGCGAAGCAGUUUCUAGCAGCAUGGGCCGUGCCUGUAGUCCACCCAUAGGGAACCUGGCAAGCGGCAGGACCCUGUUCACCCUCUCAAGCUGCUGUGGGAACAGCACACUACAACAUCCUCUGUGCCCCCAACCUUCCGUGAGUCCCCACGCCUGCUCUCAGGAUCCUCACCCAGCUGUUCACAUGACUGAUGACCCUUUCUUGCAUCCAGAUACCUGGUGGGCAUCAGGUGGAGGUACUACUGUGGGUGGGCAGCAGGAUGAGAUACGUUUGGACCUGGAAACCAAAUUCUGUCUGUCUCACAUGGUUUUGGUGUUCAGGUCACCCCGGCCUGCUGCCAUGGCCAUUGAACGUUCAGUGGACUUUGGAAAAACCUGGGAAGCUGUCAAAGUCUUUGCAUACAACUGCAGCGUAGAUUUUGGUUUGCCUGAUGACUUUGAUCAGCCAGGGUCACUGUGUACAUCCCGUUAUACUGACGCUACACCCUGCACGGGCGGAGAGGUUAUAUUACGUACUCUAGAACCCAGCAGUGUUAUAACACUUGACCCCUACAGUCCAGAGGCCCUCUCUCGCCUGACCAUCACAAAUCUCCGCAUCAGACUGCUAAAAUCCCAGACCUGUGGCCCAAGUCUGACAGAAUGGAGAAGCUCCACAGCCUCAGGCCUGACCCCCCCAUCCAGUUCAAAAAGCUCUGCUUCAGCACCUUAUGCUAUUUAUACUUUACUAGCAAGAGGGACCUGUCUGUGUCAUGGGCAUGCUGAGUAUUGUGUUCCACACAACCAUGUACACAAGAAGAUAGAUGACAGUAACAUGGUGUUUGGUAGGUGUCUGUGUACUCACAACACAGCAGGAGAUCACUGUGAAAAGUGUGCCCCACUCUACAAUGAUCGACCCUGGAGGCCUGCCAAUGGCAGCAGUGGGGAGGCCAACCCAUGCCAGAAGUGUGAGUGUCACGGCCACGCAGAUAGCUGUCACUUCUCUCAGCGGGCAUGGCUUUCCUCCGGCAGACUCAGUGGGGGUGUUUGUGAGGACUGCCAGCACAACACCGCCGGGCGUAGGUGCCAUCGCUGUCGCCACGGCUACCACCGCCGCCCGUCCCUGCCCCUCAGCUCCCCCCACACAUGCAUACGCUGCUGGUGUGAUCCUCUGGGAUCUUUGCCUCCUCUACCUGGAAAGGAGGGACCCUGGUGCCACCCUAGGAGUGGCAAGUGCCUCUGUAAAUCUGGUGUGGGGGGCACAAGCUGCAGCCACUGUCUGCCUGGCUACUGGGGCUUUGGAGGGGAGGGAUGCAAACGUUGUGCAUGCCCUCACCAAUGCGAUCCAUUCACUGGCCAAUGUCUCCACAGCUACACAAAUAAGCAAAUGUUAAAUGUGCCCAUUGGUGGAAAAAUCCCUGACUUGGAUCAUAUAUUCUCAACUGAAGAAGAGGUACUACUGUCAAAGACGCUUGCAGUCUCUGCUCUGCAAUACACAGGGAAGUGUAGCUGUAAGGAGAAAAAGCUGAUAAGUGCAUCUGAACUCUGCAAGACCAAACCUGAUUAUGUAAUCAAGGCCAAUGUGCUGUCUGCUCACGACAAAGGAAGCUAUGCAGAAGUUCAUGUCAAAGUUCACAAGGUCCUUCGAUCAGGUCAGAGGACGCUGCACUUAGGAACCACCAGCGUCUAUCCUCUGUCCUGGACCAGCCGUGGCUGCACCUGCCCUAUAUUAAACCCAGGUAUGGAGUACUUGCUUGCAGGAAAAGAGGAGACUGGAACAGGCCGUUUGCUGGUCACCAUGCAGAGUGUUGUGGUUCCAUGGACACCUCAUCUAGGUCUGUUUAUAUCAAGGAGCCUGAGAAAUGGAUGCCCAUGAGCCAUAUGAUCCAAAAAGGCAGGAUACACUUCAGAGGUUUUCUACAAGAUACUCAAGAGUGAGUGAACAAUUCAGAAAGUGGGAUGAAAAUCCAAGAGUCAAACUUUUGGGUUGAGGCCACAUAACUGAAGUACCCACAACAUGUGUGGGCAGGAGAGUGAAUGGAUGUUAAGUGUUGUACUUGGUGCUCGAGACCUAACUUGCAUAAAAAGUUGUUCAUUUUUUUUGUUUUGUUUUUCCUUACAGCCAGUUCCAUUUUGGAUCUGGAUAGAAACUGUAAAAAUACCUUGAACUGUUAAGCUAACAAAUCCCCCUAUAAUACUACACCUCCUCUUAGUUAAUUAGCAGAAAAAUAAGUGCAAAAUAUUGCACUUAACUUCAUCAGCUACAUCUGCUCAUAAAGUAAAUAUUUAAUCAGCCAACCACAUUGCAUGGACUCAAUGAAUUUAUGGUCCGGAUGAUCUGCUGCAAUGAGUAAGAAAGGUGACUUAAGUGACUCUGAAUGUGAUGUGGUUGUUGGAGCCAGGUGAGCUUAAAUUAGACUACAGAAGAAUGGAAAAACAUUGUCUGGUAUGAUGAGCCAGAUGAUAGGGUCACAAUUUGACUUGAACCCAUGGAUCCAUAAUCCUUUGUAUUCUGAGGUGUACUGGUGUGUCUGUGUGACGGGCAGGUUAUUGAUAACCCUUAGUACCAUUUGAGCAUCAUUUAAAGGGGACAUAUCACGCAAAAUCCACUUUUUUAGCCCUUAAAUACAUUUUUUGUGUACUGUGAGUUUUUAGGAGUGCAGAAAAUUUAAAUUUAUUCUCUCCCAGUGCUGCGUAGAUAUCUUUAUAUUCUUUUUGGGUCAUAUUUUUCAGUCUGUUCAGUUUUCUCUAUUCCCGUUAUGUUUUCUUGUCUAUUACGUCACAGUAUUGCUGUGGAACUGCUAAACAAGGUCAUCAACUUCUGGCUAACCAAUUUCGUGAAUCCUCCAUUUUUUAUUUUUUGUAGUCCAGUCCAGUUGAGUUGAGUUGAGUUUUGCUGAAGUUGCAAGUAGAGGAGUCAAAAUGUUCGGUUGUUGGGUGUAUUACCCACACGUACGUACCACACGUAACGGCAUCAGAGCUGCUUCGAAGUGCCUGUUUCUCUGCCGGUAGAGAAUCGUAUCACUGCUAUCAAACUACAAAAAUGGCCAAACGGGGUGGAGUGGAAUGCUCAGUGACCUGGAGGGGGGCGGGGCGUGAGCACCAAAACGAGCUGCUCUAAGCCACGCCUUAGAACAGGUGUAAA